UUGCAGCAAACUUGUAAAGAUGGCGGCCAAACUGCAGGUGCGAAAGAGCGCCAAAUCGGAGUCACGUGGUGGCCCACCAAUGCCAGCUCACUCAGACAUCACCGACUGGAGCUCAGUGCGGCCCUUCAUGUCCAUGGACUUCUUCGAUCCCCCCAACAGCCAGUCGGCUGCGCCGCUAUCUGAAAUUCCAGCUUUAUCUCAGGAAAGCAUUCUGAUUGAUGACUUGCUAUUCUGUUUGUCGGGGUUUCCGGGGAAAUACAUAAUUCCCGAGCCGCUUGAGAGACCUUAUGAUGCUCGCACUUUCCAGAUAUGCAAUUCUAUUGAGCCGUCGCUGAGAGAUCUGGUGCAGCAGAUUCUGCCGUUGGCGUCGCACUACUCGGUGAUAGCGCGCUUCAUACAGGAGAAGCGACUGUGUGUCUGGGGAAGGGUGAACCAUGCUCUCACCUCUGCCAUGGAUACCCUCAGGCAAGAUUAUCAGGUAUUCAUCGCCCAGCUGGAGACGCAACAUCGUCGACAUCAACUGGAUUUGCAUAAAUUGUGGUACUAUGCACAGUCGACCCUAUUCUCAAUGGAGAUGCUUGCCAAGAUUGCAACCACCAUAAGUUUGGCUGAAGCGAGAGGCGGACGGACGUUGUCGAUUCUACACGACGAGACGGCGCACAGUUUCGCCGAUUCCAAGAUCCAAGAUCUGUGCCUGUAUCUAACUAGGGCAGCGGCCGAGCCUUACUUCCAGUCGCUGCAGACCUGGCUCAACAAGGGCAUUGUCUUCGAUCCUUACGAUGAGUUUAUGGUGGAUGUUAAUACAUCAGUUAAAACGGACCUCGACCAAGUUACCGAUCAGUAUUGGGACAAGAGAUACACAAUCAAGUCCCACAACGUACCUGUCUUCCUAGAACACGUUCAAGAAAUAAUACUCAGGACUGGAAAGUAUUUGAACGUAAUCAGACAAGCUAACGAUCUCACUCCUGGCAAGAAUAAAUGUGAGGUGUUCCCAAUCGAAACAAUGGUGUACAGCUUGAAAGGGCGGGAUUACCUUAAUAUCAUUGAAAAGGCCUACAAGUCAGCCAGUAAACAGCUGUUGAAUUUACUGCUUGAAGAAUACGACAUCAUCGGUAGAAUACGAUCGGUGAAACGUUACUUCCUGCUGGAACAGGGUGACUUCAUAGUGCAGCUGAUGGACUUGUGCGAGGACGAGCUGAGCAAACCUAUUGAAGAGGCCACGCCCAGCCGGCUGCAGGCCCUCAUGGAGCUGACAGUGCGCACCUCCCUUGGCAAGCACGACCCCUACAAGGAUGACAUCACCCUUGUCCUCCUGCCCUACAAGCUGCCCUUCCAGAUAUUCAAGAUACUUUCCAUAUCCACCGACGAGGAAAAAGAGUACAAACAGCAGGACAGUUCGAAGAACAUGACCGCACUGGACGCAGUGACGUUCAGCAUCCAGUCAAAAUGGCCGCUGUCGCUGAUUUUCAACGAACGCGUCAUCGCCAGCUACCAGAUGCUCUUUCGACAGCUCUUGUUCUGCAAACACGUCGAACGCUCUUUGUGUCGGGUGUGGAUCUGCGACAAGGCUGUUAAACUGUUGCCGCGAAGUGAGGGCAGUGGCUAUCUGUGUGCUUUCUCCCUCCGCCAGCGAAUGCUCUUCUUCACACAAAAUCUCGAGUAUUAUAUGAUGGCUGAGGUCAUUGAGCCCCAGUGGCUAAAGUUUCUCGAACGGAUGCAGAAGGUGAGCAAUAUUGAUGAUGUGCUGACAGAACAUUGGUCUUACCUGAACUGCUGUCUCAAGGACUGCAUGUUUAUGAAUCCAGUUCUGCUGAAGACCAUUCGUAGGCUCAUGAACGUCUGCCUCGAGUUCUGCGACUUUAUUCAGAGCGUUGAAGAUUCGCUACUGGAAAAACAGAACCAGAGCUUCAGCCAGAACAUUGCUCGCUUGGAUGAGGAGUUCACCGCACUGCUUGCCGUUCUGUUGAAGACUAUUGCUUCACUGGGUCGCGAGGAGGGGGUUGACAAAUUAUGUAACAUACUGUACAGAGAGGACUUCAACAGUUACUACAGUAAAUAUUUGUAAAUUGUUGGAGUAAAACAUUCCCUGGAGGGAUAAACAUCAUCCGAAGUCAUUCCCCUGCUUUGAAACCAACUUCUACAUCAUCGAUCAGUGUUAGUAGUGAUUUAUUAUGAAUUUCAGACAGCUUUGAACUAUGCAUACAAGAGCUGAUUUAACCUAUAGAUCUCAGAUCAAAAUUACAAAUCUUCAAAAUUUUGUUUUUAGUGUGCUAAUAUUAUUGAAAUGCCAUAAUAAAAGGAUCUCUAACAGUUUUUGAUCAAUCCAAUUUCAUAAACAUUAUACAUAAUAAUAAUUAUUUAACAAAAAUCCAAAUUAAUAUGCUAUCAAUUUCCUUGAAGACUUCUGUGACUGCAGAUAUAAGGGUUCACAAAUAUACGACAUGUAUGUAAAACAAUUUAUUAUCAUUAUAUUUUGUUAAAAUUAACAUAGUUGUUAUUUACAAUUUUGAUCUUACUUUUUAUACAACAUCAGAUGUGUAACCUCAGGUUUCACGACAUCAAUAGCUGUUCCAAAAUGGUGUGUGUUCAAUACAGAGAAUGGUCAGGCGUUCCGAGAGAGAGAGAGAGAGAGAGA